UCCCUAUCUUGACGCAGCAAGCUAACCCUGCUUCAGAGUCAGGGCUGUGCUCCGAUGAACCUGGAUGCACUUCCUACAUUAGCUUUGGUGCAAGUCCAUGGGAUUCGCCCAACAGAUAUCCCUCACUUUCAACCGUCACACCCGCCACUUCGAAUUCCACUUUGAUUAAAAAUGUCGGAUGCGGAUGCUUCCGCUGCGAUCGCCGCGUUCCAGGCCUUUGUCAACAACCUUUACGAGAACAAAAAGAGCAGUUAUUCGUAUGUUUCGGCGUUGUCUUUCUUGACAUGGGACAUUAUUCUUUCACUCGGGGAUGAAGUUAACUACAUCUGGAUUUCUCAAUGGUCGAUACCCAAGUUGAUCUAUUUCCUCGCCCGUUACUAUCCUUUUCUCUAUCUCAUGUCAGUAAUCCUGUUCAAUCUUCCCAUCUUGGAUGAACAAAUGACCAUGCUUCCAGUGGGGCAAACAUCAUGUCCCUUGCUACUGACAUUCCCAAAAGACUGUCAAGCCUACUGGUAUUGGUCUUUAAUCGGCGGUCCCUCUUUCGUGAUCAUAAUAUUGGACAUCAUCCUGCUUCUUCGGGUCUUCUCGUUAUACAACCGGAAUAGAUGGUUACUGACUUUCAUGGUUCUCUUCGUUAUCGGUGACGCAACGGGUGCUCUUUAUGCAUGUUCUAGGCUGGCCAUCGAUCUUGCUGCCGGGGUGUAUUCCGUACCAUCCCCUUGGCAAGGCUGCACAGCGCCGGUUCCGCAAUUUCAAUUCGUUCUAUCCGCAUACGUUCCCAACUUGACUCUGGCCCUCGUUUUCCUGGGACUGACGUUAUGGAAACUAUUCCAGACUCAUAGGUCUUUGAACGGCAGCAUUACGUUGAAGAAAAUACACGAGCUCAAGUCUAUUUCUCCACUGUUGAUGGCCUUUGUUACAGAUGGUAGCGUUUUCUUUGCAUUGAUUGCCGCGGCGCUUGUUAUUGGUAUGAUUCCUUCCUUCGCUGUAAGCGGCCCUAUACAAUCGGCAUUUCUACCCUGGACCAUGGCAUUUUAUUCUUAUUCUGGAGCACACCUCAUCCUCAAUCUCCGGUCGCGUGUCCUCGGGGAGAGCGCCACUCCGACGUGGAAUGAUACGCUUGAAUUCGUACACCCAGGUACUCUGAGAACACAAACAACUGAUCUCCUAUCAGAAGAGUGCCCUGCCUAAAGAAUUGGUCGCUCGUGUAUUAGCUUUCAUGAUUAACGGUCUAUCUAAGCUAUCUCUGAACAAGUAGCUUUCAGUGAUACAAUGGAAUAUUAGGUCCAAUGUAUUCGACAAGCGGUCUGUUACUUCAAACUGAGGCCAGCCAUUCUUAAGCACAUCGGUUAGUC